CUUCCCUAUUCCUGAUCUUAACGUUGCUUGUGGCCUAAUACCUGUGACACAGCAAUGAAAUUUGGAGAAAAUGAAGGACUUGCUGUCUAUCACGAUGUGGAAGCGGCUAAAUUUGACAACCACAGCUGUGGCAGAUCAGAGGGUCUACGAAGUAGAAAUUCCAUCAUUAUAUCUCAGUCGGCCAGUCGGAGCAUCUUCAGCAGUAAUGUCUCUCCAACCUCAGAAGAAGUUGAGUUUACGAUAGGAGAACAGGAAGAGGGGGGAAAUAAUGAAACCCACCCACUGUUAUUUACUCAGUUAAAUGAGCUUUUCACUGUACAUGAAAACUUGGAAUGGAGGGAAACUGCAAGAUGGAUUCGAUUUGAAGAAAAGACUGAAGAUGGAGGUGAAAGAUGGAGUAAACCCCAUGUUACUACACUGUCUUUACAUAGCUUAUUUGAGCUAAAAGCAUGCAUGGAACGAGGAACACUGCUGCUGGAUACAGAAAAAAGUACAUUUAAAGAAAUAUUAGAAUGUGUAACCAAUAUAAACAUUGCCAACAAUUCAAUACACCAGGAAGAGAAGGAAAAAAUAAUUAAUCUUCUUUGCCAAAAACACGUUCAUCAAACAAAAAAGUCACGCAGAAAAACAAUGGCAGAAAUGUUUUCAUCAUCCUGUUCAUUGCGUCCAGGUAGUGCUACAUCUCAGAAAAGUGCGGUGGCUGAACUUUCAGAAAAGCCUUUAAAAGAACAGUUACUAAACAGGUUUAGAAAGAAAAUACCCGAAGGAACAGAAGCAGCAAAUGUUCUUGUUGGUGAAGUGGAGUUUUUGGAUCGUCCGUUUGUCUCUUUUAUACGACUUAAAGAAGCCAGAGUGCUUGGCUCCCUGACAGAGGUGGUGCUUCCCAGCAGGUUUAUUUUUAUACUCCUUGGUCCCAAAGUUAAGACAAAAGCCUACCAUGAGAUUGGAAGAGCCAUAGCCACUUUACUCACAGACGAGUUAUUCCAGAAAACGGCAUACAAGGCUACGAGCAGGUCUGAGCUACUUGAUGGAAUUGAUGAGUUUUUAGAUGAACUCAGUAUUUUGCCUCCUGGAAAAUGGGACCCAACUGUAAGAAUCCAGCCACCAAAAUUUCUGCCUUCACCACACAAAAGAAAGCAAAUGUUACUACGAGGAAAUAAAAUGCACUGCGGUGAGAAUGGAAACGUAUGCCAUCAAGAGGAGAAACUGGCACAUAAACAUCCUCAUGUCAGCGAAGAGCUGAAAAGAACUGGCAAAAUUUUCGGCGGUCUGAUAAAAGAUGUGAAAAGGAAGGCCCCGUGGUACUGGAGUGAUUUUUACGAUGCUCUCAAUAUGCAGUGUCUCUCGACUAUUUUAUUUAUAUACUUGGUAACGGUUACCAAUGCCAUCACUUUUGGGGGUAUGCUGGGAGAUGCUACUGAUAACAUGCAGGGAGUCCUUGAAAAUUUCCUUGGUACUGCAAUCAGCGGUGGAUUAUUUUGUCUGUUUUCUGGCCAGCCGCUUACUAUUCUGAGCAGCACAGGGCCAGUCCUGGUCUUCGAAAGACUUUUGUAUAGCUUUAGCAAAGAUUACGAUUUUGAAUACUUGGAAUUCCGCCUGUGGAUUGGACUCUGGGUGGCGUUUUACUGUAUCGUUUUGGUGGCUACUGACGCGAGCUACCUGGUGCAGUAUUUCACACGCUUUACAGAAGAAAGCUUUUGCGCUCUUAUAAGCCUCAUUUUUAUCUACGAUGCAGUAAAGAAGAUGUUGAACUUAGCAGAUCAGUUUCCCAUUAAUUGGGGAUUCUCCAUCAACCAAAUAACCCAAUACAGCUGCCACUGUAGUUUGCUUGAUAUCGGAAAUUCCACUUCAGUCAAUUCCACCAUGUACAACAGCAACAACUCAUUCUAUGAGGAUAUUGAGGAUUCUUUCAAUUUGACUCUACACCAGUGCCUGGAAUAUGGAGGCCACCUAGUGGGGAGCAGCUGUAAUUAUGUACCUGACAUUUGCCUUAUGUCAGCAAUGCUCUUCUUUGGGACAUUUAUCUGCUCGUCAUCCCUAAAGCAGUUCCAGAGUAGCCGAUACCUAUCUGCAUCGAUAAGGAAGUUGACGGGCGACUUUUCAGUAAUACUGACGAUCUUAGUAUUUUGUGCAAUAGAUGCAUUUUGCGGAUUGGAAACUCCAAAACUAAUUGUCCCGAGUGAAUUUAAGCCUACAAACCCUAACAGAAGUUGGAUAGUUACUCCAUUCGGGAAGAACCCAUGGUGGGUGUGCCUGCUUUCUGGCAUUCCGGCAAUCUUGAUAACCAUCCUCUUAUUUAUGGAUCAACAAAUCACUGCUGUCAUUCUUAACCGCAAGGAAUAUAAGCUCAGGAAAGGUGCAGGUUUUCACCUAGACUUCUUCUGUAUCGCUCUGCUGAUCAUUGUCACAUCGUUUAUGGGUCUUCCCUGGUUUGUCUCUGCAACGGUGAUCUCACUUGCUCACAUGAACAGCUUAAAGAUGGAAAGCACCACCUCGGCACCGGGAGAGCAGCCAAAGUUCCUGGGAAUAAGGGAGCAGAGAGUAAGUGGACUUGUUGUUUUCACCCUGACUGGAGCCUCAGUGUUUCUGUCCCCGGUUCUCAAGUACAUUCCUAUGCCGGUGCUGUAUGGAAUAUUUUUCCAAAUGGGCGUAGCUGCUUUAGGGAGCAUACAAUUUCUAGAGCGAGUGCAGCUAUUGGCCAUCCCACCGAAACACCAGCCGGAUCUCAUCUUCCUCCGUCACGUUCCACUGCGCAGAGUCCAUCUGUUCACUUUCAUUCAGACAGCGUGUCUGGUCAUCCUGUGGAUUCUCAAAUCAACAGUGGCUGCCAUCAUAUUCCCCUUGAUGCUAUUGGCUCUGGUUGGAGUGAGGAAGGCGAUGGAAUGGUUCUUCUCACUGCACGACUUGAGUUGGCUGGAUGACAUUUUGCCAGUAAAGGAGAAGAUCGUUCAAGUGCCGAAAGAAGAAGAAAGUGAUUUAAGUGACAGCGAAGAUUCGGAGUUAAAGUAUCAGGAGAAAUCACCCGAGAUUAACAUUUCAGUGAAUUAGAUUGGGAUGUGCCGAGGAGCUGCGGAAUGGAGCCGGUCUGAACAUCUGAAUGGAUUCUUCAUGCUGCGCCUCUUCUAUAAUGAAUAAGGGUCAGAGAGAUGUGGUGACCCCUCAUUGCUGGGAAUAUAAAGCUUAGAUAUCAAUCAGUGUUCAGCAGCAAAAUAUAACCUUUUAUUUAACGAAUAGCUGAUGUUUUUAUUUAUAUAUAUAUAUAUAUAUUGCUUUUGUACUGAUGUUUCUUAGAGAAACCAAUAUUUAAACAAUUUUUAAGCUGGCAAUAUGAAGUAUAGAGAUGUUAUCUGUGUCGGUGGAUGUAUAACACUGUAAUGUAUGGAACCUGCCCAGGAACAAUGUUUACUUGAUAAAUGUGCAAAACUA